AGCCUGGGAGCUGUGGGGAGAGCUGGACCAGAACCAGGCAGAAGGUCCUGCAGGAGGGAACCCUCCUCCCUUCAGAACUUCCCCCCUGGACCGCCAUCCAAUGCCGGGAGGCUGAGGGUCCCCGGGGACUUUGCAGCCGACUGCAUGACUUGUGCAGGUGAUGGCUGAGCCCAGGAAAGCACAGCAAAGCCCAGAUGCUGGACCUGGUGGUUCUGGAGCGGCUCCUGGCUCUCCUGCCCCCAGAGAUGGAGGGCUGGGUGCGGGAGUGUGGAGCAGAGAGCAGCUCCCAGGCGGUGGCCCUGGCGGAAGGCUUCCUCCUGAGCCAGGCGGAGGAGCAGAAGGAGCAACUCCAGUGGCAGUGCUGCAGUGUGGAGAUCAGAGAUCCUGAGGGAAGGAAGAACCCAUCAAAUCCCCCUCAGGAGCUAUUUUUCAGGAGGAUCCCUUGGGAAGAUCCAAGUCAGGACCCCUCAGGAGAGAAACAAAGAAUGAAGAUUUCUGGUUUUUAUGAGAGAGAUCAAACCGCUUUUGAACCUCCAAAUCAAGAGGGUCUUGUGUCCUUCGAGGAGGUGGCUGUGUAUUUCUCUGAGGAGGAAUGGUCUCAGCUGGAUCCUGCCCAGAAAGCACUGCAUUCGGAAGUCAUGCUUGAAAACCAUAGGAACGUGUUCUCUCUAGGUAAUAAUGGGCAAGAGAAUCAAGAUUCUUGUGAACUGUUCCAAGUGAUCAAUGCUAAGGACGGAACGGAGAAGUUUGAAAUUCGAAUGGAAUUCGAAAACCAUGAUAGAAACCAGUCAAAGAAUUUCAACCAGGAAAGCUCAUCUUCCACUGAUGCUCCGAUGCAAGACUUUCUUGCCCAACAAGAGGAAAUAAGGAAAAAAUAUACUGGAAAAUGUGGGAAGCUAAUCAAAGCUAAAGUACAAGUAAAUGAACACUAUUUAACCCAAAACAAAGGAGAAGAUGCUAUAAGAAGACACAGUGGACAAAAUUACAAUGGGACAUUCAUUCUUUCUCUUGGAAAUAAGUUCCUUACAUCUCAAAAAGCGAUUGACACAGAAGAGAAGCCGUAUAAAUACCUUUGCUGA